AUGCAAUACACCGUGGAAGUCGGCAAAGCUGCUAAUGAGCACGAAACCGCGCCUAGAAGAAAUUACAAAGCCAAAGACGGCGCUGUAAGCCGUCCUUUGCACUCCAAGGCCACCACCGUUUACGACUACAUGUUGGAAUGCGUGAAACGCGGAGGAAAGCGUAACGCGAUGGGCUGGCGUAACAUUGUCGAGGUGCACGAGGAGAAGAAGCAGGUCACCAAGAAGAUCGACGGCAAGGAACAGCAGGUGGACAAGACUUGGCUCUACUACGAAUUGUCCCCUUACCAAUACUCUUCAUACAACGAGCUCGAGGAGAUCAUGCAUCAGUACGGUCGCGGUCUAGUGGCUAUGGGUUUGAAGCCAGAAAAUGUGGACCGGCUCCACAUCUUCGCUGCUACGUCUCCCAAAUGGAUGAAGACAUUUCUUGGCGCUCAGUCGCAAGCAAUCCCCGUGGUCACCGCUUACGACACUUUGGGAGAGAAAGGGUUAAUCCACUCUAUGGUUCAAACUGGGACCAAAGCUGUGUUCACCGACAAUGCUCUCUUACAUCGUCUGAUAACCCCGGUCACCAAAGCCACCGAGUUGAAAUACAUCAUUCACGGCGACAUUCUUGACUCUUCGGACAAACGUAAUGGUGGGAAAUUUUACAAGGACGCUCAAUCUGCAAUCGAAAAGAUUCGUGAAGCUCGUCCAGACUUGAAGAUCUACUCCAUGGACGAUAUUAUAGAAAUGGGUAAAAAAGCGGAAUCGAGUAUUGACAUCCACCCACCAAAACCUGAGGAUCUAUCCUGUAUCAUGUAUACGUCAGGUUCGACCGGUGACCCUAAAGGUGUUGUUCUCAAACAUUCCAAUAUUAUAGCUGGUCUAGGUGGUAUCUCUGUCGUUGUUGGUCGUGAAGACGUCGGAGAGAAAGAUCGUGUCAUUGCCUUCUUGCCUCUCGCCCAUAUCUUUGAAUUGGCAUUUGAACUCAUUACCUUCUAUUGGGGUGCCACGCUAGGAUACGCGAAUGUCAAGACGUUAUCUGAUGUUUCUGUCCGUAAAAGCCAAGGCGAUAUUAAAGAAUUCAAGCCUACUAUCAUGGUUGGUGUUGCCGCCGUUUGGGAAUCAAUUCGUAAAGGUAUCAUGGGCCAAGUUGAAAAGCUUCCAUCUAUGAGUCAAAAAAUCUUUUGGGGUGCUUAUUACAUGAAUCUCAAAAUGAAGAGAUUUCACGUUCCAGGCGCAGAUACGCUAGGUAACAUUGUGUUCAAAAAAGUUCGUCAAGCCACCGGUGGUUGCUUGAAGCUAUCAUUGAACGGUGGUGGGCCUAUCAGUAGAGACACCCAGGAGUUUAUUACUACCUUGCUGUGUCCAAUGUUGAUCGGAUAUGGUCUUACUGAAACAAUGGCUAAUACUUGUAUUCUUUCACCAGCUCACUUUGAUUAUCAAGUUCAAGGUGACUUAACAGGUGCUGUGACUGUCAAAUUGGUGGAUGUUGAAGAGCUAGGCUAUCUUGCGAAAAAAAAUCAAGGUGAAGUAUGGAUCAAAGGUGAAUGUGUCAUGCCUGAAUAUUACAAAAAUGAAGAUGAAACUUCGGGUGCUUUCACUGAUGAUGGCUGGUUCAAAACUGGUGAUAUUGGUGAGUGGACCCCCAAGGGACACCUUAAGAUCAUCGAUCGUAAGAAGAACUUGGUCAAGACUAUGAACGGUGAGUAUAUUGCCCUUGAAAAGCUAGAGAGUGUUUACAGAUCCAACUCCCUCGUUCAAAACAUUUGUGUUUAUGCUGACGAUACCAAAGUGAAGCCAGUGGCUAUCGUCGUGCCUAAUGAAGGCCCUGUUGGUAAACUUGCAGUUGAUCUAGGAUUGAUCAAGAACCAAGAGCAGUUACACAAUGUUUUACAUGACAAAAAACUGAGAAAAGCAAUCUUGGAUGAUUUACUUAAGACUGGUAAGUCUCAAGGCUUGUCGGGUAUUGAAUUCUUGCAAGGUGUGGCCAUGUUUGAUGAGGAGUGGACUCCUCAAAACGGAUUUGUGACAUCUGCGCAAAAGCUGCAAAGAAAGAAGAUCUUGAAGGCUGUUCAAGGACAAGUUGACGAAAUUUAUUCCAGCCAGUAA